AUGAUCGCCCGCAUCGCCGGGGUACCGAAAGCGCCGAUGACCCCGUCCCUCUUUGGUGAUCGAACAAGUGAACGUUCAACGAAAAGUGGCCCGCGUUACGCGUUUUACCCGGUCCAGAACCACACGCGUCUCGGCGCAAUUCGUUCGGCACAGUUUUGGCGCGACGAGGAGAGUGACGAACGUCCGUCCGAACGAAUUUUCGCUGCGUGUACAACAAUACGUCCGUACGGAGAUGAUGUCUUACGAACUGUGGACUUGCGCUUACAAAUACGAACAAAUGAUGCAAAACGUUUUGACAAGGAUACAAAUUUAGAGAUGGUAAAACGGCCGAGUUCCGCGGUAGUCAGCGACGAAAUAAAUUUUACAAAAUAUUGA